AUGUUUUCUUAUUUUCUUCUUUUUCAUAUUUCUUUGUUCUUUUUCUUUUCAUUAAAUUUUUCUUCUUCGUUUCUUCUUCUUCUUCGUCUUCUCAUUCCCUUUUUCUUCUCUUUCGUGUGUUUCCAUCAUUACAAAUCACCAGUUUUCUUUUUAUUCUUUUAUUCUUUUUACUCUUUUUAUUCUUACAUUUUUUCUUAUUUUUUCUUCUUUUAUCUUUUAAUCUGUUAUUCUUUCAUUCUUUUAUUCUGUCCAUUCUUUUAUUCUUUAUUUCUUUUAUUAUUUUCAUUCCUUCGUUCUUUUCAUUCUAUAUUCAUUAUACUCUUAUAUUCUUUUAUUCUUUCUUUCUUUUAUUCUUUCAUUCUUUUAUUCUGUCCAUUCUUUUAUUCUUUAUUUCUUUUAUUAUUUUCAUUCCUUCGUUCUUUUCAUUCUAUAUUCAUUAUACUCUUAUAUUCUUUUAUUCUUUUUUUUCUUUUAUUCUUUCAUUCUUUUAUUCUUUUUAUUUUAUUCUUUUCAUUCUUUUAUUCAUUAUACUCUUCUAUUCUUUCAUUCAUUUUUUGUAUUUAUUCUUUUAUUCGUUUAUUCUUUUUAUUCUUUUAUUCAAUUUACUCUUUUAUUCUUUCAUUCUUUUAUUCUUUUUACUUAUUUUAUUCUUUUCGUUCUUUUAUUCGUUUUACUCUUUUCAUUCUUUUUAUUCUUUCAUUCUUUUAUUCCUUUCCUUCUUUUAUUCCUUUCAUUCUUUUAAUCAUUUUACUCUUUCAUUCUUUCAUUCUUCAUUCUUUUAUUCUUUAA